GGCAGUCAGGGUGGGAAGACGCAAGUCCUGAGCCACUGCCCGGUCUCACUGCCCGACUCCUCCACAGCACCCUCAAAAACCGAGCCCCACGGUGCACCUGCCGUUCCCAACUGGACGCACCGCGCCCCUUCUUGGUCCCAGGUUCUGCUCCAGUUCCCUGCCAAGCUCGAGGGGCAUCAAGAUGAAGGCGGCCCGCUUCGUGAUGCGCAGCGCGGGCUCCCUGAGCAGCGCCGGCCUGGUCCCCCGGGAGGUCGAGCUUUUCUCGCGCUACAGCCCCUCCCCGCUGUCCAUGAAGCAGCUACUGGACUUUGGUUCGGACAAUGCAUGUGAAAGAACUUCUUUUUCAUUUUUGCGACAAGAAUUGCCAGUGAGACUAGCCAAUAUCCUAAAGGAGAUUGAUGUCCUACCUGAUCGAUUAGUAAACACUUCUUCAGUGCAAUUGGUUAAAAGCUGGUAUAUCCAGAGCCUGAUGGAGUUGGUGGAAUUCCAUGAGAAAAGUCCAGAAGACCAGAAAGUUUUGUCAGACUUUGUAGAUACACUCAUCAAAGUUCGAAAUAGACACCACAAUGUAGUACCUACAAUGGCACAAGGAGUCUUGGAGUACAAAGAUAGCUGUACAGUUGACCCAGUCACCAAUCAAAAUCUUCAGUACUUUUUGGAUCGAUUUUAUAUGAACCGCAUUUCGACUCGAAUGCUGAUGAACCAGCACAUUCUUAUAUUUAGUGACUCAAAGACAGGAAACCCCAGCCACAUUGGAAGCAUCGAUCCAAACUGUGAUGUGGUAGCAGUGGUUCAAGAUGCCUUCGAGAGUUCAAAGAUGCUCUGUGAUCAGUAUUAUUUAACAUCUCCAGAAUUAAAGCUCACACAAGUAAAUGUAAAAUUUCCAGGCCAACCAAUUCACAUCGUGUAUGUUCCUUCUCACCUUCAUCAUAUGCUCUUCGAACUCUUCAAGAAUGCAAUGAGAGCAACAGUUGAACACCAGGAAAGCUGGCCUUCCCUUACACCAAUUGAGGUGAUUGUUGUCCUGGGAAAAGAAGACCUUACAAUUAAGAUUUCUGACCGAGGAGGUGGCGUUCCCCUAAGAAUUACAGACCGCCUCUUCAGUUACACAUACACCACUGCACCAACACCCGUGAUGGACAAUUCUCGGAAUGCGCCUUUGGCUGGUUUUGGUUACGGCUUGCCAAUUUCUCGUCUUUACGCCAAGUACUUUCAAGGAGAUCUGAAUCUCUACUCUUUGUCAGGAUACGGGACAGAUGCUAUCAUCUACUUAAAGGCUUUAUCCUCUGAGUCGAUAGAAAAACUCCCCGUCUUUAACAAGUCAGCCUUCAAACAUUAUCAGAUGAGUACCGAGGCUGAUGACUGGUGUAUCCCAAGCAGGGAACCAAGGAAUCUUGCAAAGGAAAAAGUGGCAGUGUGAAGAGGGACACUCAGGACAUUUUAUGGGAUCAAAGUGGGUCUAUGGCAGUGCUGCUUCUUGAAUGUUUGUGUGUGAACUCUCGUUUCCACAAAAAUGAAAGACAGCAACAAAAUCCUUGCUCCAAUGAGGAAUGAGUCAUUUCUGUGACCCAGGAGAACACAGAGCAGGACCACAGGAGUUAGCAGAUGCCAGCCCCUUGUUUUAUAAUGGAUAAUAACUUGUGAGUGUAUUCCAAAUCCUGAAGAAGAAGUAAAUCUGUUUUCCAUCUCUUUACCCAACAAGUUUGAAACAGGGGGUGAACAUGAUGAUAGAGGUUAGCAGUUUCAGUAGGCAGGUAUUUGAGACUUCUAGUUGGCAUCAAAAGAUAUUGUUAUUUAAUGAAUAUCAAGUGUCAAGAUUCCAGUAUUUUCCUGCCAUAAGAAAAUUAGAACUUAGUUUACAUUCUGUACUACAUAUAUGUACAUUUUGUAUACACUUAUAUGCUCUAGGGACACAAGGAUAGUGGCUAAAAUAAUGUUCACUUUAAGGAGGAAUGAAUCACAGCAUUUAUUUGAGAUUGCAGUCAAGGCAUUUGGAUUAUGUAAAAACUCAGAAGAAAACCUCUUCUGAACAGUACGGCUCCUUUACUAUGCUGCUUGUCUGUUCAUACUUUACAUGAUAAGUGAACACUUAUUUCCAGGAGCCUCAUCUUGCGUGAAUUGUUAAAUGUGCACUGAACUCAGGAAGUUGGAGGUUGAAGAGAGAGAGAAGAAUUGCCAAAGCAAGAGCAGAAUGAUAUCUUACCUUGCUUUCUUUAUAAAUGAAGCAAUAAAUGGGGAAAAAAAAAACAAUGUUCGGGAAAGAAAUCACAUAUUGAGCACCUAAUUUGGUAGGAUGGCUCGUCUCUACCCUGAA